AAACGCCAACCACUUUGGGCGGAUUUGCAGAUGCUCCGGCGCUCCGCCACUCGCAAGGAGGCUCCGUUUCGCCACUGCUCGGCGCGGCGAGCCGGCGGCGGACCGAGCUCGUCCGUUGCGGCACAGCGCAGGUCUCACCGUUUCACUCGGUGAGCAAUUAAAAAUGUUUUGACAGGGUAAAUGCUCAUGAUUAUCUGGUAGAGAAGUUGUAGAUCGGAAUUGCUGUGAAUGCCUUGGGUUCAGAAUCAACCCUAGCCCACCAACUGUAGUUUGCUAGUUUCAGGUUUAUGUUUCCCCUGAGGAUUGAAUGCGAGAUUUCUCGAGGUUAGAUGAACCGUGCUUCUUUCAAUUGUUCAGUUAAGACUGGUUGCUAUCAAUGCGAUUUUGUUUUCAGAAGAUGGCAGGACAGGAGUAAUUCCCUUUCACUGAAGAGCACAAGUUGGGUGAGGAUACAUGCUGCCACCCAGGUGAUGUCUGCAUUUUAGCGUAAGUUAGUUUUUCGUCACAUAUCUGUAGCUUUAUGGGUGCUAUAAUUCUGUGAAGCUGACUGCAAAGUGGUAGUACAUCGAUCUUGUUUUGUUACCGCUCGCGGAGGCCAAAUGUAACUAGACGGUGGCUGCGAAAUCAGAGUAGUUAUUGCAGACUUGCAAGUGUUCCAAAGACUGGUUUCAGUCUCUAGUCUAAGAAAAAGCAUUGACAGCUGAAAAAUCAUUUGUUAGUUGGCAGUUAGCUGUUGUUCUGUUAUUCAGGUGUCUCUGUUUCCUUGAUGCUGAUUGAACCUGACAAAUUUAUGGCUGUUGUGAAUUGUGAUCACUGAAGGUCUUAUGUCGUUGUUAGGAUGUUUCACUCAACAGCUUUGUGGUUACCAUUUAAGCCGUGCCCCAAAGGCAAGGGAACCUGUCGGACUCCCCGGUCUCCACCAUGACUGAAUCUUGUCCUGUGCUGUACUAUGUUUGCAUCGUUUCCUGAUAUUAAGGUAGCACGGGCCAUUUCUAUGCUUCAUAUCAGUUGCAGACUGUUCCCCAUCUCUUCGACUUCAACAUGUUUCUUCUUCUCCUACUAGUUCUUGGUCAUACGUUCACCCUACAAAUUCUUGCGUCCUCUGUUGCCACCAACUUCAUUUCACCUGGCCAAGAACUUGUUUACGGUGACAAUCUUUUCUCCUUGGAUGGGAAGUUCGCGCUCGGCUUCUUCCAAACAGGCAGUAAGUCCCACAACACUUUGAACUGGUACUUUGGCAUUUGGUUCAGUAAAGUGCCCACAAUAACUCCAGUCUGGGUCGCAAACUGUGAUGAUCCAAUCAAAGAACCUGCCCUAGUUCGGUUCACAAUCUCCCGGGAUGGCAAUCUUGUUGUCUUAGACAAGCCUAACAAUUCCAUGAUAUGGUCUAGCCAAGUUAGUAUCAGAACCAACACGACUAUUGCCGUGCUCACGAACAAUGGAAACCUUGUCCUACAAAAUACCUUAAGCUCAUCUGACAUUUUAUGGCAGAGUUUUGAUCACCCAACAGAUACUUUCCUCCCCGGCGCAAAGAUUGGCUGGGACAAGGACACUGGUUUGACCCGCCGUCUUGUUUCCAGAAAGAACUUGAUUGACCCAGCUCGUGGCCGUUACUGUUAUGAGUUAGGUCCUAAAGGGUUGAUACUUACACCUUUGAACUCAUCCAUAGUGUACUGGUCUAGCGGGGAAUGGAAUGGACAGUAUUUUAGCUUGAUACCAGAGAUGGUAAGCCACAACUUGAUAGACUUCAAAUUUGUAAACAACAAGCAUGAAGAGUACUUCACAUUCACCUUGCUGAAUGACACGAUGAUCAUGCAUCACCGCCUUGAUGUAUCUGGUCAAAUGAAGACAUUAAUUUGGGAUGAGGUCUCACAGGCUUGGCUAGGUUCCUACUCCAACCCUAAAGCUCAAUGUGAUGUCUAUGCUCUCUGUGGACCAUUCACUGUGUGCAGUGACAACCCAGCUCAAUAUUGUAGCUGUAUGAAGGGCUUCUCCAUAAGAUCGCAAGAGGAUUGGGAGCUAAGUGACAGAAGCGGUGGAUGUGUGAGAAAUACUCCUUUAAACUGUAAAAGUAACAGGAGUACUACAGGAAUGACUGAUGAAUUCUACUCCAUGUCUAAUGUGGAACUGCCUCAGAAUGCUUACAAGAUAGGUGCUGCUACUAGUGCUAGAGAAUGUGAAAAUGUUUGCCUGAGAUAUUGCUCUUGCACUGCAUAUUCUUUCAUCGACAGUAUAUGCACUAUUUGGCACGAGGAACUCAUCAAUGUAAAGCAACAGCAUAUUGACACUAUGGAUACAAAUGGUGCAGUACUUUAUCUUCGCCUUGCUGCAAAAGAGAUGCAAACUCGAAAAUCAGGCAAAAGAGUGACAAUCAGGGUUACCACAAUUAUCAUUGUCACUGCAUUGAGUUUGCUGGCACUUAUAUUGCUAGUUUUCCUACUGACUAUUUUGAGAAACAAUCGGGGGCGGUCUGGUGGCACGCUGAAAAAUCUCCAAGACGGUGGUGGAAUUAUUGCAUUUAGGUACACUGAUUUGCAGCGGGCAACGAAAAAUUUCCUGGAGAAGCUAGGUGCCGGUGGCUUUGGUUCCGUGUUCAAGGGAUAUCUAACUGAAUCAGCUACAAUAGCAGUGAAAAGGCUCGAUGGGGCUUGUCAAGGAGAAAAACAAUUCAGGGCUGAGGUGGCUUCAAUCGGAGUUAUACAACAUAUCAAUUUAGUUAGACUGAUUGGUUUUUGUUGCGAGGGUGAACGGAGGUUGCUUGCAUAUGAGCACAUGCCAAAUCGCUCUCUUGACAUGCAUCUAUUUCAGAACAACAGCACAGUUUUAGGCUGGAGUACUAGGUAUAAAAUAGCUCUGGGAGUUGCUAGAGGACUGGCCUACCUGCAUGAGAGGUGCCAAGACUUGAUCAUACACUGUGACAUCAAGCCGCAAAAUAUACUUCUGGAUGCAUCAUUUGUUGCUAAAAUUGCUGACUUCGGUAUGGCCAAGUUAAUGGGGAGGGAUUUUAGUCGGGUUCUGACUACAGCUAGGGGAACUGCAGGAUACCUUGCACCAGAAUGGAUAAGCGGGGUUGCUAUCACAGCAAAAGUCGACGUUUACAGCUACGGGAUGGUGUUAAUGGAAAUCAUAUCAGGAAGACAGAACUCAAUUGAACAAUACAAUGCAGGUGGUGAUUGCGCUGUUUUCUUCCCCGUGCAUGCUGCGCAAAUGCUUCUUGAGGGAGAUGUGGCGAGCUUGGUGGAUGAAAAAUUAUCUGGUGAUGUAAAUCUAGAGGAGGCUGAACGGCUAUGCAAGGUUGCUUGUUGGUGCAUUCAGGAUGACGAGUCUGAUCGACCCACAAUGGGCGAAGUUGUUCGUAUUCUAGAGGGUCUGCUUGACCUUGAAGUGCCGCCGAUGCCACGGCUACUUGAGGCGAUUACAAGGAGCUCACUUCCAACAUCCUCCUACUUCUGUAAUCCAUCAGAAUAAUGAAGCUGUACAUGUGAAACAAGCAUCUAUAUUAUUCAAGUCAGUAAGCUAGUACCGUUCGUCCAUACCAGCCUCCAGGUGUGUAUAUCAUUAUGCAUUUCUUUGACAACCUUGUAUUUUCCUUUUUUCCUGUGGACGGUGCAACAAAGUGGUUUGCUUUAUUUUACGCCACAUUUGCAAA